AUGGCCAUGCCUAGCUUAGCCCGCCGGCUCUGGUCGCGGGUGGUGCGCCGGCUGACGCUGUGGGGGCCGCUGGGGGCCGUGCCGGCGCCGGCGCUGCGGCUGAUCGGGGCCCUGGUCGCGGUCAACGCCGUCGUGUGGGCCGCGGCCGGCGUCGUGCUGCACUACUUCCCCAAGAUGAUCACGCCCGCCGUGCUCGCCUACACGCUCGGCCUGCGCCACGCCCUCGACGCCGACCACAUCAGCGCCAUCGACCUCAUGACCCGCCGCCUCAUCGCCUCGGGCCAGCGCCCCGUGGCGGUUGGGACCUGGUUCAGUCUCGGGCAUUCGACUGUGGUGGUCGUCACGUGUGUAGUCGUUGCCGCGACGGCCGGCGCCCUGCGCGACCGCUUCGAUAGUUUCCAGCGGGUCGGCGCCAUCAUCGGCACCAGCGUCUCGGCGGCCUUCCUGCUGAUCCUCUGCGCCGGCAACGCCUGGGUGAUGUGGCAGCUCGUCAAGCGACUCAGGGAGGUGCUGCUAGCCGAGCAGCAGAGGGCGCGACGCCAGCAGCAAGCGGAAGCCGGUGGUAGUGGUGGCGCUGGCGAGGGCGGAGCACAGGAUGCGGGGGACGACACCGACGCCGCUGACCAGCUCCAGCUCGACGGCCCCGGGUUCCUGGCCAACGUGUUCCGCGGCGUGUUCCGCAUCGUCGACCGCCCCUGGAAGAUGUUCCCGCUGGGCAUCCUGUUUGGUCUUGGCUUUGACACGAGCUCCGAGAUUGCCAUCCUCGGCAUCGCCAGCAUCCAGGCCGCGCAGGGGACCAGCCUGUGGCUGAUCCUGCUAUUUCCGAUCUUGUUUACCGCCGGCAUGUGCCUCCUCGACACGACCGACGGCGCGCUCAUGAUGGCGCUGUACACGUCCAAGGCGUUCGCGCGCGACCGCGUCGCCAUCCUGUACUACUCGAUCGUGCUGACCGGCAUCACCAUCGGCGUGUCGGCCUUCAUCGGCGUCGUCCAGGUGCUGUCACUGGUCGAGAACGUCGCCGAGCCGCAGGGCAGCUUCUGGGACGGCGUCGCCGCCAUCGGCGACCACUACGAUGUUAUCGGGGGUUCUAUCUGCGGCGUUUUUGUCCUCGCUGGCCUGGGCUCGGUCAUUGUGUACCGCCCGUGGCGCAGGCGGAUUGAGAGGAAGGCGGCGCGCCAGCUGCUAGAUGGCGGCGAGGAGCAAGCGCCUCAGCCGCUGUUGACGGAGCCGUGA